GCACCAAAUCCCUACUACCAAAAAAACAGCUGGCCCUCUUCCAUAUCUCUCUCUUUCCUGUUCCUGUUGUAAAACACUAAAGAAAUUGAAGAUUCUGAGAAGAAAAUUCGACAUUCUUUGAAAUCGCAGACAUAGGUUAACGAUUCUUCUAAAAAAAUUCGUCUACAGGGCUUGCAGAUCGGACAACCAUGACUACGCCUUUUUGAUUGCAUAAACAUACAUCGUUUUCCAUGUUUGAUUCACUCAUUCAUUCAUUGUACACGUGUUCUCGAUCCUUGUUAGCUUAGAAAAGGGAUAUACAAUACAAUUGCCCUUUGGUUGGCUUUGAUUGUACAUAAGUCCAACUACAACAAACAUACAAGUGAGUGAAUCCAGCUUUUGAAUUCUAUAAUCAUGGUUGCUACAGCUGCAACUGCAUCACUGUUUCCUGUUUCUUCCCCACAACCUAAUGGAGCCAAGACAUCUGGUAAGCAUGGAGGUGUACCUGAUAAUCUUGAUGUACGUGGAAUCAAGACAAAAUCUGUAAAUUCAGGGAGUAAUGGUAUGCAAGUGAAAGCUAAUGCACAAGCACCUACAGAAGUAAAUGGGAGCAGAGUUCGACUCAUGAAUGGCAUCAAAAAUGAUGAUAAUCUCACAUCACAUGCUCCAAGAACAUUCAUCAACCAGUUACCUGAUUGGAGCAUGCUUCUUGCUGCAAUCACUACAAUCUUUUUAGCUGCAGAGAAACAAUGGAUGAUGCUAGAAUGGAAGACCAAAAGGCCAGACAUGCUUGCUGAUCUUGAUCCUUUUGGUUUAGGGAGAAUUGUUCAAGAUGGGCUUGUGUUUAGACAAAAUUUUUCCAUUAGGUCAUAUGAAAUAGGAGCUGAUCGAACUGCAUCUAUAGAAACACUUAUGAAUCAUUUUCAGGAAACAGCUCUUAAUCAUGUAAAGACUGCAGGACUCUUGGGUGAUGGAUUUGGUUCAACACCAGAGAUGUGUAAAAAGAAUCUUUUUUGGGUUGUGACAAAGAUGCAAGUGAUGGUAGAUCGUUAUCCAACAUGGGGUGAUGUUGUUCAAGUGGAUACUUGGGUAGCUCCAUCUGGGAAAAACGGUAUGCGACGUGAUUGGCUGCUUCGUGAUUGGAAAACAGGCGAGAUUUUAACAAGAGCUUCAAGUAAUUGGGUUAUGAUGAAUAAAGAAACAAGAAAGUUAUCAAAAAUUCCAGAUGAAGUCCGGGGUGAAAUAGAGCAUUAUUUUGUAGAUGCUCCUCCAGUUGUGGAGGACGAUAACGUAAAAUUACCUAAACUUGAAGAGGCCAAAGCUGACUAUGUUCGCACGGGUUUGACUCCAAGGUGGAGUGAUUUGGAUGUCAACCAACAUGUUAACAAUGUGAAGUAUAUCGGCUGGAUCCUUGAGAGUGCUCCGAAAGAAGUUGUGGAGAAAUAUGAGCUUGCUAGCAUGACUCUGGAGUAUCGAAGAGAAUGUAGGAAGGAUAGUGAGUUGAAGUCGCUCACUUCGGUAUUGGGAAAUGGGAAUGGAAUUGGUGAUUCCGGUUCCGGCCAUGUUGAUUGCCAACAUGUGCUCCAAUUCCAGGGUGGUGGUGGUGGUGAGAUUGUGAAAGGGAGGACCGGGUGGCGGCCCAGGUAUGAGAAUCAGAUCAAGGGCAUUGAUGUCUUUUCUGGUGGAAAGGCAUAAUGCUAAUAUUAGCAUAGUUGUUGAAAAUGACAUUAUUGCCCUUGGCUUGUGUAUAAAGAAUCAAUCAUCCUAUCUCUAUGCUGAUGGAAAUAACUUGCUUGUCGUGGCUUCUUAUAUAUAUAUUUUUCUAAUUUGUA